CGCCGCCAUGACCCGGAGGGACGCGAAAAUGGCGGAGAAAGGCAACAGGAGCAAAGGCCAAACCGGGAGGGACACAGCCGUCCAGGGCACAAAUGACAACAGUAUUGUCAGUAAAUGCUCAAUGGCCAGUUUGGGCUACUUUAGUGAUGAUUUCCUGAAAAGAUUUGUGAAUAAAACUACCAGGAGGGCUCCACUGAUAAAUCGUGGUUACUAUGUGAGGGCGAAAGCUGUGGAUUAUGUUCUGCGCUGCUUUUUGAAAAAGACGGUGAGCCACUCCAGGAGACAGAUCUUGUCUCUUGGAGCUGGAUUUGAUUCCUCAUAUUUCCGACUAAAGGCCAGCGGAGAGCUAGAAAACGUGGUCAUGUAUGAGGUGGAUUUUCCAGAUGUUGUUCAGCGGAAAGCUGCGCUGAUUAAAAACAGCCAAGAACUUGUGCAGCUCCUCGGCUAUAUUGAUGAGCUGAAACCAGCACAGAAUGAUGCUGUGUGUUUAAGUGCCAUGGAUUACAAGUUACUUGGUGUUGACCUGACUGAAGUAAUGAAGUUGGAUCAUGCCCUGAUGGAGGCCGGCCUGGACCCUUGCUGCCCGACGCUACUGCUGUCAGAAGUUGUACUGACUUACAUGCAAGUUGAAAGCUCCUCAGCAGUAAUCCAUUGGGCAGCGGAACGAUUUUCAUCGGCAGUGUUUGUAAUCUAUGAGCAGAUCUGCCCAGAAGAUCCCUUCGGGCAGGUCAUGCAGCAGCACUUCACACAGUUGAACGCCACACUACACGCACUUGUUCCGUUUCCAGGAAAGGACACUCAGCGGAAACGCUUCUUAAGUGAGGGCUGGGAAGAAUGCACUUGCCUUGACAUGAAUGAGUUUUACGUUGGACUUAUUCCAGAAGAGGAGAAACAGAGAAUUGAAAAGCUGGAACCUUUUGAUGAGUAUGAGGAAUGGCAUCUGAAGUGCUCUCACUAUUUAAUCGUCAGUGCAUCAAAAGGAGAUCUGAAACAGUGUCUGUUGCUCCCACCGCCUCCCAUAGAGUUCUGUAUGGGGAAAUUGAAAGCUCCUGACCAUCUUUUGGUGUCGGUAUCUCUGUGCGAGAUUGAUGCAAAGAGCCCAACACUGAAGAGGUUUGCCCACAGUUCUGCACUUAUCGCUCCUCACAUAGUUGUUACCAGCGGAGGAUUUGGGGAGAGAGAUGGUCAGCAUGGACGCCUCAGAGAUGUUGAGUUGAUGGUGAAAAGUGCAUCAGUUUGGAAAUGCAUUUCUCCCCGAGAUGAGAGAUCAGCCACUUUAUUAACGGAGCGGAUGUAUCACAGUACGACUGCCCUUUCUGACGGACGCUGCUUAAUCUUUGGUGGCCGAGGGUCUCCUCUAAAGCCAGCCACCAGCGUGCUUUGCUUGAAAUGUAAGGUAGCAAACGAUGCCACCUCCAGCAGCAGCCUGUCCGUAGAGGAGGUUCAAUGCUUUGGUUCUGGAGCUUCCCCACGAUGGAGACACACGGCAACAGAAAUCACUUACAAAGGUCAGCGGUAUCUGUUUGUUUAUGGUGGCCGUUCUCCCACUGAGCUGGUUCUGGGUGAUUGCUGUUUCCUUAACCUGGAGGAUUACAGCUGGACCGAUAUUCCAAUUGAUGGACCCAUCCCAGAAGGCCGACAUUCCCACAGUGCCUGUACGUGGAAUACCGGAGUGCUAAUUGCUGGAGGAUUGGGAACAGGCCUGAUCCCUCUACAAUCUGUGUUCUUCCUUCGACCAACUUUGUCCGGAUUUAUUUGGGAAAAAAUAGAAACCACUUCUUCCAUUGUUCCAAGAUACUCGCACACUGCCCAUAUUGUUGGGGAUGAGCUUGUUUUAAUCGGGGGUGUGUGGAUCCACUCUGAUUCCGUCCCUGCAGUAACCCUUAUCAACCUGUCAACAGGAGAGAGUGUUGACUGCUACAUCGACACACAUUCAUUGAAAUGGCCUCUGAUGUUGCACAAUCACAGCAGUGUCUUGUUAGCGGAGGAGCAGCAAAUACUUGUAUUAGGAGGAGGAGGAAACUGCUUUUCAUUUGGAACUCAUUUGAACCAGCAGCCAAUUCUCCUGCACCUACCUAAACUGAGAUGAAAGCACUGCCUAAACAGGCUUGAGGCGCAGCCUAAGCAUUGUCAGAGGCUUCAUUGGUGACAUUUUGGCUCUGGCCGUCUUUGAAUCUGUCAGAACUGUUAUGUGAACAAUUGUGUAUUGAAGGGCCAGGAACCCGACUGGCAUGGUCAGUGUACACGUGUGAAGAUGGACGUUGGUUACACUUUCUUAAUGCGUUUAUAUACUCGUCUACAGUUCUGCUCAAGAAAAUAAGCAAAAGUAGCACAGUGACAUUCUGGUGGGGAGCACCACUCAGUGGAAGGAAGGUGUGAUUUUUUCCUGGAAAAUUAAAUUUACAGUCUCAUCCUCGCCCUCAGUUGUUCUACAAGCCCAUUGCAUCUCCACAGGAACUGUCUAAGGAAGAGUCAUUCUGAGAGCAGCUGAAGGACAGAAUGGGCAGAGACCUGGGAGCAGGUUAAACUAUUUGCUCAAGGAAUGGCGCCUAUUGAAAAUGUAGCAACUGAAGAAAAGGGCAGGAAAUUUUGCUGCUAUUUUUGUGUUUGAUUGCUCCUUCCCAAUUUCUGUAUGUUUAAAAAAAAAUGAAGCUUCCUUUAAAACAGAAAGUUAUCUUUGGCGAAGUACGGGAAGGUAGUUGCCCAUUAAGUGUACCCCAGCAGUAACCAGCACCAUUAGGAGAAAAGGUUUGGGACACGUGUCGUGGGACUGCCAGGAUGGAAGGCAAACUGGAUGGACCUUGGUCUUCUUUCACCUGGUAAUUUUUUAUGUUCUUAUGUAGAAGGGGGUGAGGGUGUAAAUGAACAGAAUAUUUCACAGGACUUCAGAAUGGGAUCACAGCUUCGGUUCGACCUUUAAUUUAAGAAUAAAGCCAGCGCACUUACAGAAUUUGCCUCUGUUAACCUUUAACUUGCCCAUGUAACAAGGUACUUAACAGCUGACGUGGCAUUUACUGUUAAGGCUUAAAAGUCACAACAUAAAUUAGUGGGUUGAUCUAAUUUGAGUAUCCUCACAAAGGAAAAAAAGCUGCAGUCAACCAGUUUUAGAUUUGAGUAAGCCCUUUCCAUAAGAGGCACUGCCAGUCAUGUGUUGCCACCAAAUUUAUUAAUGCGAUUUAUACGUUAUUUAGAGGCAAAUUGAUCUGUUGAAAAGGAAAAGCUCUGCUUGCUUAGCUAUUCAAUGAUACGACGGAACGACUCCACUGUUGAAGAAGUUGCUCCCCAGUCUGCAGCUUUCUUGUACUCUCCCUUCUCCAGGAGGUACUGCCUUCCACGGUAAUUGGCUUGUUCAUAGAAAACCCAGGCACCAUCCAGGACAUUGCAGGAGUCGAUGUGCUGAAUGUGGAAUUGUUCAAAGACGGAUGGACAGUCCUCUGUAAACUCAAUUGUUUGACUUUCAUAUUCACCCUUGUUAACGAUUUGUAUCUUGUAACUUGCUGAAUCUACCUACAAGACACAAAGUGGUUUGUGUCAGAGCUGGAAUCGACAGAACGAGCAAUCAGAUUGUUAAAGGCAGGGCCUGUCAGUGCAAUACUAAACCACUCAUCUGCUGAUCAUGAUGAACAUUCAAACCUGCUUUAUGCAUAAAUGGAAGAAGUUCAAGCUAAAUGAAGCCAGUUUUACUUAUGCGAGUGAGUACAGCACUGGUUAGACAGUGUGUUGUACUUUUACAGAUGUGAAGGUACGUUUGUAAUACAGCAAUUUGAAUAAAACGUGUUGAAACUUAACGAGAAUGGGUGAACAGUAAAAAAAAAUUCGGAUCAGAGUACUGUAUUUGGCUCCAAUAAAGUAGGUAAUGGUAGCAGAGGCAUUUUAGAUUGAUUGACCUACUUCUGUGCUGUAGUUUUUGUGGUUAAUUGUGUUUUGCUAAAUUGCAUCUCCUGGUGAUUUAAUACAAUAUGUACUGUGCGUCGGAUGAGGCUGGGAGAUCCAGUUGCGGAUUGUAGCUUCAAUGCUAUUGCCACUCUGGAUAUAUUUAGCAGGUUAUUUGAAAUACACCCAAAAAGAACAUUGAGGAACUUACCUGAUUGAUCAAGCGACACGAAGCAACGUGGUCAUUAAAUCCCAUCCAGCGCCUGUAGUCAGCGUAUUCGCCCUUCGUGAGGAUGUACACGUAACCUGCAAAGUUGGGCUUCUCAUACAAUGCCCAGGCCCCGCUCUCAACUUUGCUGGAAUUGCAGCGGGCAAGUGAAGUGUGGAAAUCUGGGCAAUUGCUGUCACAUUCAUAGCGACGGCCCAGAAAAUUCCUUUCUUCGUACAAAGUGAUCUGCAGUUAAAGGUGAAAUUAUUCACAGGAUAUUUGUCAAUGUCAAACCUUUCAGAUUUUGAAGUUUGAAUAUUACUGUAAACUCAUCUUAUUAUUUCCACCCUUUUGGAAGAAUAUAUAACAUAACAACAUAAGAAUUUGCUCGGCGAAAGAAACACCAAGGU